AAAAAAUUAGCAUCAGUCAUCUGCUAAGUGGAAAUAGAAAAAGCUCCAACCACCAAAUUUGCAUUUUCCCAAUCCUCAAAGAAAAACAAAAAUGGCGGAAAAAGGUUCGGUUGAGGAUUUUUUGGCCCAGGCGGUGGAAGCUGCCAAGAAAGCUGGAGAGAUUAUUCGUCGUGGCUUUUAUGAGACCAAGCUUGUUGAGCACAAAGGCCUGGUGGAUUUGGUCACAGAGACUGACAAGGCAUGCGAAGAACUCAUAUUCAGCUCGCUAAAACAGCAAUAUCCUGACCAUAAGUUCAUUGGGGAAGAAACAACUGCUGCCUGUGGUGUGACUGAAUUGACGGAUGAACCAACUUGGAUCGUUGAUCCUCUAGAUGGAACAACUAACUUUGUCCAUGGGUUCCCAUUUGUAUGUGUAUCUAUUGGACUCACAAUCGGACGAAUUCCUAAAGUGGGUGUCGUCUACAACCCGAUAAUGGAUGAGCUUUUUACUGCAAUUCAUGGAAAAGGUGCUUUCCUCAACGGAAAAUCUAUUAAAGCGUCUUCACAAACUGAGCUCGUAAAGUCUCUACUUGCAACAGAGGCAGGUACCAAGCGUGACAAGGCCACCUUGGAUGCAUCCACAAAUAGGAUCAAUAGCUUACUCUUCAAGGUUCGGUCACUUCGGAUGAGUGGCUCUUGUGCCUUAAAUCUCUGUGGAAUUGCAUGUGGAAGGCUUGAUCUGUUCUAUGAAGUCGGUUUUGGAGGGCCCUGGGAUGUAGCAGCUGGAGCUGUAAUUCUAACUGAAGCUGGAGGGCAUGUAUUUGAUCCCACCGGCAAGGAAUUCGACAUCACUGCUCAACGUGUAGCAGCUUCAAAUGGUUUUCUAAAGGAUGCAUUUGUUGAUGCUCUGAAACAAUCAGAAUAGAGAUAGCCAGUUGAGUUUCUUGUCACCUCUGUAGCACCACAUAUCAUUUACUUGCUUGCUUAUUCUUCCUAUUGGUUGAGGCUUAAACCCAUACUAUUUUUACAUUUUAUACAAAACAUAUAUACUUUCUGUUA